GCCGCGACGGUGCUCAACUGCUCAUUCGCUCGCUCACCCAUUCAGUCUCCGUCGGUUCCUCGCUCACUCUCCAGCCUCGGCGCAGGCGCAGUUCAAAUCCAAACCACCCGCGAUCUCCUCCUCGGACUAGACCAUCCUACCGUCAACAGAUACCGAGGACGGUUGUUUCCGAUGUAUCCAGUGCCCGGUCUUCGCAAGCAUCCUCCGCUACCCCACCAACCGGGACUCGCGCACACCGGACUUUCGGAUUUUUUGUGACCUUUGAUACAUUUUUGUCGUGACGUCAUUCAGUAGGUCGCUUGUACGUUAUCAGCGUCGCUGUGAUUCGAAUAAUAUCAUUAUUUGAAACUCAUCUCCGAGUCUUCGCAAGCAUCCUCCGCUACCCCACCAACCUGGAUCAUCGCGCACGCCGGAUUUUCGGAUUUUUUGUGACCUUUGAUGCGUUUUUGUCGUGACGUCAUUCAGUAGGUCGCUUGUACGUUAUCAGCGUCGCUGUGACUCGUAUGAUAUCAUUUGAAACUUGAGUAAAUUUUCAUUAUUCCCGCCCUUUUUGAUGACUGAUAGAUAGAUUUUAUACUUUUAAGCUCCGGUUUUUUAGCGCAAAUUUUUCACCAUCAGUGUCAGUUCCGGUCAAUUUUUAUUUUUCCCACGCUCCACAGUGACCUCAACAGAAUCAACAGAACCUGGUUUUCAAAUUUCGCCGCUAAAUUUUCACUCCUAGUGCGCGCAAAUAUUCUUAUCAACCCGAUUCUGCUCUGCGACUGAUCAAUAUACGCUCUCAUUCUUGGUUUUCAAUCUCAUCACAACUUUUUCACCUGCAUAAUUUACCCGGGGAAAAUCCUCAUUUUCGUCCCCAUUGCGUUUCUCAGUGUCUAAUCCAACGGUGAAUCCAACGAGUUCGCUUCGAUCCUCCGGAGAUCGCUCCACUAAAACUUCAACUCUUACGAAACAGACUGAAGUAUCUCGUCGAGUUGCGGCUACAUCUCGAGAGCCAACACCUUCAAGUGGCGGUCUACGUCAUCUUGGUACCAAGGAUGGUCUAGCCCCCAGAAAACCUGCAUCGGCGAGCCAGCAUGAAGAAGUUCCGCCCGACUGACGCGUUCUUGGAUAAGAUUCUACCCCCAAAGUCAACUACGAACUUGACUCACCUGCCGGCUGUCAGCACAAGCUCGUUAUCACCCGCCAAAGUAGACACUUAGGCUUAUUUACUCGCUUGUUUACGACCGCCGAUCUCACUGCAGCCUGCCAGUCAUUCACAGUCGACGAAAGAACUUUCCGUUGCGUUGCAAACGGAAGCGUGUAUCGGCCGUUCGAGAAGGCACUUGUACCUGUUUCGCGCUUGUUUACGACGGCCGAUUGUUUUGCACCGUGUUCAGGCACUCCGUCAGUCUAGUGGAAGCUUUUCGUCAGAGACUGAACCAUUCGAGUUGGCCCUGAUCUUGAUUCGCUUGUCUGCGACAACGGAAGUGCCGAAGUUCUCGUUUACCCUCUAGAGUUCACGAAAAAGACUCUCUGGUGCGUACCGGACAGCGGCGGACUUUCACCGUCCGAAAAGAUACUCGCGAUCGGUCACCGUGAACGUCUAGACUUUGGUUUGACCACCUUUCAUAAUUAACUGUGGAGGCAGGAAGAGCCUCGUGGAAAGUGAAGCGUGUAUUCAUCGCGAGUUCAUUAGAUCAGUCUACCAUUAAAGCGCAUGCAUUUGUGGCGGAAACACACUUUAGUGCGUGAAUUUUUACUUGAAGCGUGAUAUUCCAUAGCUGGAAUGCGAAAGUUCAUAGCUUAAGCGUAUACUAAGCGUUCCUUAGAAGCAAAUAAGUGGCGAAGGUAACUGAAUACAGCGCACUGGAAUAUUCGUUUUAAAGUCGUUCUAUUUUGCCACACUUUCAUUAACGUCCACGCUCUAGCUUAAAAAAUUUCAAGUGGCUCGAACAAGCAAACGGACAAAAAUCAAAGCUGAAGCGUCAAAGUGUACAGCUGAAGUAUUUUUCAAAGAGCGUUAAAACUUAUAAGUACAUCGCUGAAGUGUAUACGUGUUAAGAAGAAGCAAAUAAGUGCGCAGUUGAAAGCGCACUGGGAUACUCGUUUCGAAUUCGUACUAUUUUGCCAAUUUUAUCCACACACUUUCAUCAACAUCCACGCUCUCUUUGACUCUUACAGACAGCUCAAAAACUGUCAAGUUGAUCAAACGAGCUUAAACGGAUAAAAAGCGAAGCCAGGGUGUCUAAAUGCACAGAUGAAGUAUAUGAACCUAUAGCCAAAAAGUGUUAUAACGUCCGUAGCUGAAGUGUAUAAGUGCUCAGAAGAAGCAAAUAAGUGCGCAGUUUAAAGCGGACCGGAACAAUCAUUCCACCCUAAUUUCAUAUUGCCAAUUUUUUUACGACUCUCAUCACACACCUUCGGUGAAGGGUGGAUUUCGGGAUUGUUGUUCGGUGGAGGUAAUAAGAAUGAGCGGGACAAGCGGGAAACAAUGGGCGGGGCGGAUCGUGGUGAGUGUGCAGCUGAUGGCGUGGUGCGCGGUGAGCGCCCUACUCCUCCACCGCGGGAUCCAGAACCUCCAGAAGCCGGCCAUGACCAACGUGUCGGUCACCCUGGGGCCUCCGCCGGCGGUGCCGGGCACGGUGACCGGCGGCGACGGUUUCGUCCAGACGGAGCGCGUGCCGUUCUCGACGACGACCCGGAUACGGCCGACGGGCGCGACGGCCGGCAUCAUCAUGAUCGUCAUCGCCGCCGUCAUGUUCCUCCUCAGCCCCGCCUUCCUCCUCUUCAAGUGGUUCGAGGCCAAGAAGCGACAUCAGCGCUUCCUGAGGUUGGCGCAAGAUGACCUACCACCUAAGUACGAGGACUGCAUAGAGAUGGAGCGAGCACCGAAAUAUUCUACGUUAUUCCCGCCGGAUCCAAAACUCCUGGUCAUACCGGAAAAACAUCGCACCUCGCCACCCAUGCCUUCUUGAUCCAGAUGAUUACUAUCCGCGAGGAUAAGAUCAAUCCAAGCUAGGGGUAGUCGGCACUGCCCCGAAGCAGAAUCUCAAGGGGGACCUCCCCCUAAAGGGGCUUGUACCUCAUCAAGACGCCUGAAGGGUCCAGCGCUAAUCGGACUGAAUACUGUUGCAGGAAGAAAGGAUCAGAGCCGGCUUAAAUGAAAUUUUGCUGAACGGAACUGUGUGCAAAUGUUGUGCAUCAAAAUCAACUAUGUGCGUAGGAUUCGCAUGCCUCAUAUAGUUCCUGUUGAUUUUAUUGAUUUGCUCGUAGGUACUUUCAGCAUAAUGUCCGGUAAGCAAACGUAAGCUGUUGCCUGUAGUCUGGAAGACGAAUGCAGGAGAGAGCUGUCAUGCCGGGCCAUGGAAGCUUCUGAAAGGAAGGACUUUCAGAUACAAAUCGACGAUGUAAGUCGGCAAUCACAUAACUCGGUUUGCCUCGUAGCAGACUUCCUGUCAUACAUUACUUUAUUUUUUAAACGGAAAACUACUCAACGGCAAUUAUUUAAAACUGCCUUGAAUUUC